ACAACCCGCCCAGGCCAUGGAGGCCCCCGAGGUCCCCGUGGGCUCCCUGGUUGACUUUGGGACGGAGCCGCCCACCGCCCCUCCCCUGGAGGCAGCGCCCUCAACACUGCAGGACGGGGAUGGCUCCCUGGGGGACGCUGCCUCAGAGAGCGAGACCACCGAGUCCGCGGACAGCGAGAACGACAUGGGCGAGUCGCCCUCACACCCGUCCUGGGACCAGGACCGCCGCUCCUCCUCCAACGAGUCCUUCUCCUCCGGCCAGAGCGCCGAGUCGGCCCAGGACGAGGACGCCCUGGCACUGCGGGAGUUCAUGCGUGGCUACGUGGAGAAGGUCUUCUCAGGAGGGGAAGACUUGGAUCAGGAGGAGAAGGCCAAGUUCGGGGAGUACUGCAGCAGCCAGGAUGGGAAAGGCCGCGAGUGGUUUGCUCGAUACGUGAGCGCCCAGCGCUGCAACUCCAAGUGCGUGUCGGAGCCGACCUUCUACCGGCUGGUGCAGUCCUUCGCGGUGGUGCUGUUCGAGUGUCAUCAGAUGGAUGACUUCGGACCUGCCAAGAACCUCAUGACCAUGUGCUUCACCUACUACCACCUGGGCAAGCCGCACCAGCUCCCCUCCGAGCCCAGGGAGAAGCCCGCGGGCAGCAUCGACUCCUACCUGAAGUCCGCCAACAGCUGGCUGGCAGAGAAGAAGGACAUUGCCGAGCGGCUGCUGAAGAACACGGAGAACGUGAAGGGCUUCUUUGGGGGGCUGGAGACCAAGCUGAAGGGACCCCUGGUCAGGAAGAAUGAGGAAGAUGAGAACAAGCCCAAGGACAAGCAGCCCAAGACUGUGACCGUGUUCAGCCCCGAGGACGAGCAGAAGGGGGAGAAGAUCUACCUAUACACACACCUGAAGCAGCAGCCCAUCUGGCACACGCUGAGGUUCUGGAACGCAGCCUUUUUUGACGCCGUCCACUGUGAGAGGAGAAAGCGCUCUCCCACCACCAGAGGGGAUGCUGGACAGCAGGAGAAGAGGGAGAGGUGGUGCCACAUGACGCAGGAGGAGCGGGACGACAGCCUGCGGUUCCACGAGAACAUCACCUUCGGGCAGCUGGGCACCUUCACGCACAACAUGCUGGCCUUCGGGCUGAGCAAGACGCUGUGCCGCGAGUUUCUGAAGAAGCAGGCAGUGAUCGGCCACCUGGACGAGGAGCAAUACAAGCUGCUCAGUGACCACAUUGAGCAGAUGGCCACUGAAUAGGAGACGGAGGGCCUGUGCUAAUGUCCAGGGCAGCCACUGGCUGUCCCCACCUCUGACCCUGCAUGACACCAGCGGCACCCAGGGCUGCGCCGCGCAGCCCUGGAACUAGCGGUUAGAAGAACCCGGCUGCCGUCCUCCCCUCCCUGCUGCCUGCGUCUGCCCCAUCCAUGUGCCAGAGUGUCCCUUGGGUCACAUGGCUACCACGAGGGACCUCUGCACCCUCAGUGCUAGGCUGUGAGUGGAGAGGGCGAAGGAGCCGCCUCUGCGCCCUGCUGAGGGCCAGAGGGGCAGGCUGGGCUCGGAGGUGGACAAGUGUGUGGGCACCUGCAGGGCCGCGAGUGAAGGGUGGGCACCGUGGCUGUGGGACAGUCCUGGAGGCCACCAGGGCAGGGUGGCUGGCCUCCCUGUGCAGUGGACUCUGCUCGCUCUCUGUCCCCUCUGUGAUGGGAACAGGAGUCACAGGAACUAUUUGAGAGAAGGAGAAAGAGACACUCGGGUAGGGGACACUCCUGCCAUCCCAGGUCACCCAGGGGUCUCAGCCUCCCAAACGCAGGGCCGCUGAGCUUCCUUCUAGAACUGAGGACGUCCCCAGUGCCCAGGAGCUGCGCCAUGGUCUAUCCCGUGAGAGGAGCAUGGGCAAGAGGAGCCUCACAGCAGCUGGGCAGUGGCGUCCUUCCCGGAGGGACGGCCCCAUGCUCGUGUCAUUGAAGGCAGGGACAUUGAAGACUCAUGUCAUUGAAGCAGCUCCAGCGAGGCUGCGGGCAGUGGGCAGCGUGGACUCUCAGCUCCGAGCUCUGAGCGCAGGCCUCCACCCCACAGCCUCCUCCGGGAGCCGUGGGGACCUCUGCAGCCCAGCCUGGGCCUCCGCGUGGCUCUCCCUCCUGCCCUUCGACGCCCUUCAGCCACAGCCAGGACCUGGGCUUCCUCUGCAUGUGCCAGGCCACCUGUGGGGACGGAGUGCAAGCCCCAGCGCCCGGCGUGCUGGCCCAGGCCAGCCCUUCCCCGUGUGGACAGCAGCUGGGUUCCCUCUGCCUCUGGCCGCUGCUGUUCUGGCCGCUGACCUUGACGCCAGCCGUGGGCUCCUCCUGGGCCCUCUUCCCUCAUCCCCCUCAGUGCACAGACUGAGCCACGGGCUCCCCCACGAGCACCACUGACCCAGUCUGCUGGUCACCCCUCAGGGCCCAGGAGCCUCCCUGCAGGAGCUCCUUCCCCAGCGUCCCGAGCAGACCCUGAGGCUAGAGCUGAUGUGCACAUGUCCUGAUGUUGGGUGACGAUGGCGGGUGGCCCCACGUGCUCUCUGGCGAAGGCUGCCUGCAGGAGGCGGGGGGCCUGGAUGCAUGCAAACCCCGACUACCCAGCGAUGCCACCAGACAGGGUGGGCUGCGGCCACUGUCUGGACGGUGCAGGCUGGUCCCAGCCACCGCGCGUCUCCACAGACUGGAAGACAGAGUCGAGCUGGUGAGGGUGCAAAGGGACUCUGCCCCGCAGCUACCGGGGAAGCUUCUCUUCUUAGUGUCCCCUCCUGGCUCCAGUGCCAGCCUCCUGUGACGUGCCCUCCCGACGGCCCUCAGUCGCCUGCCGUCGCCAAGCUGCCCUGGAGGAGCCGGCCCCGCCAGGCCCACAGGGUGACGUGGAGGUCUCUCCCGUGAUGUCACCAGUGUCACUGAACUGCGUGGGCUUCACGGCAUCCACGACACCCACCUGUGUGUGGAGAAGGCCAGCCACUCUGACCCUGCGGGCUUCAGAAGCACCUUGAGACCGGCCCCCGUGGGCCCUGGAGCGGCCGCUCGAGGAGGGACAUGGACGUGCGACCUCCCUUGAUCCUGGUUCUCGCAGACCCGGCUCAGAGCCGGGGUAAGUCUGACUCCGAGGAGCGUCACCCGCUGGGCGUGGCCCUCACAGCACAGCUGGAACAGAGCUGGCCGCUGGGGACGUGGCGGCCCAGUCCCUCAGGGUCUCCCCACUGUCCCCUGCCGACAGCUGGCUUUGGUGAGCAGUUCACUUUCAGGUAUCCCUGGCCAGUGUCUCCAGGAGGCCGGUCAGUGUGACCGGAAGGCCUCAGCUGGCCCCCUGAGGUGUCCUGUCCUCCCCUGAGCCUCCUCCCCAGGGCCUGGCCACAUGUAAUGACUUGGGCGUGACUCUGACACCCUGCUGGGCACCAGGCACUGCAGAUGGGCACAGGGGGUGCCUCCUGCUUCCGACGAGGAGCUUCCAGCCCCAGCAGGCCGCGCGCGGGCAGCUGGAGCUUCCAGGGCUGUCGUCAGAUUUCCUGCCGCCUGCCUGACCUCCAGGCCACGUGGCUCCUGCUGAGGCAAACAGUGCGAGCAGGACAGUGGGCGACGGGCCAGCACGUCCCUGCCGUGAGGCCGUGCCCGUGUCCAGGAGGGCCGUGCUCAGUCCAGCUUGCAGUCGGCUGUCUGUCGGGGCGGGGGCCUUCGGCUGAGAGCUCAGGACCACGAGAGGACCAGGAGAAGGGCCAGUCUCCAUCUGUACAUCAGCACCCGAUGCUCACGUCCGUCCACAGAACACGGGGCCUAGAACCAGGCCACAGCGGAGACCCGAGGCCUGUUCAGAGCCAGAGCCACGUCUGCCCAGUGUCCUCCCUGCCCUGAGUGGAGGCAGGGCUGGUGCUACAGCCGCCCGCAGGGCAGAGGGUCUCACGGGGCAGAGGGGCUCGCGGGGUAGAGGGCUGCAGCUGUGAGGCCUGCUCUGUGGCUGCUCUGUGGACACCUGCCACCCAGGAGCACUGGCUGUCCCACCGUGAAGGAGAGUGAAAGAUUCCA